AUGGAGGGAUACAGCUGUAAAGAGGGAGGGCGGGUGGGACGGAGCGCAUCGGGCAGGAAAGCUGAGGCGGAAGGAGCGAAGACGAGUCUGGAAGGAGGCGCGGUGGCGAGUGUCGCCGCACCGAGAGGCCGGCUCCGCGAACGGCCGCGGUGGGAUGAGCGGAAGCAGAGGAGACGCUCGAGCCGUUCCCAGCCAGCCAUCGCUCUCUCCCCGACCACGACCAUCCCCCGUCCACAGCAAGCAGCUCCCAGCCCAGCGAUGCCUCCCUCGGCCUCAGACGCCUCAUCCUCAGUUCUCGACCACAAGCCAAAGCAUCAAAAUCGGUACUUCACCUUCUCGCUCUCCCCCUCACCGCCCCACUCACCCCUUCGUCAACAGCAGACUCACCAGACAGCAGCUCCUACGCAACCUACAGGCCCCCUCCCGACACCGCUCCCGCCCACCCUCCCAUUGUCGCCACCGGCAUCUCGCUCGUCGUCCCCUCAACCUCCGCCCUCCUCCUCAAAGCGCAAAUCCGAUGUCGCUGCUUCAUCUGGCCCCUCAAAGCGCCCAAGAAUAUCAGACGCUCCAGACCUCCCUCGCCCUCGCCCCUCAACCUCGCAACAGUCCGCACCGUCCUCUUCCCACCACGAGCCUUGUGAAGAGGGCGAGCUUCGAGACGAACCCCUUGUGUCCCGUGUCCCUCAGCUUUCGUACCAUGAUCUCCCCGUUCGCCGCCCCCGCAAGAAUCUCUCUGGCGAUGAUCCCGUCUGGCCCCAAAUACGAGACCGCUAUCACGACGCUGGCCGCGUGCUCAAGUACUCGGGAGAGCUUCGCAAAUAUUCAUCCUACUCUACCACACACAAGGCCUAUCGUCCUCUACACGCUCCCCCGCCACCAGGCUCACCUUAUCACAAACACAGCACCCUCAUCGCCAAGCUCGAGCUCCUAGACGCUCUCGUCACUUUCGCUUACAGCCUUUGGGCCGGGGAUGUUAUAGCCGGCCACCCGUCUCCCAGUCGUUGGGACAACAUCGAAGCAUUCAUGGUCUAUGUCAAGGGCGCUGUUUUCAACGAUCCGAACGUUAGCGAACGUGAAAGAGCACUUUACGGCAUAGUGUGGAUGCUCGACGCUUUCAUCCACGCCGGCCUCUCCAUGCGAUACAACCAAAACAGUUUGGUCCCCAAGUUACGAAACCUAUUCGAACACACGAAGCCCAUAGUCGAGCGGGCAUAUGCGGCGACCGAAGCGCCGACGGCCCCUGCGCGAGCCGUGUCCUCGCAACACACGCCCCAAAUGCUUCCAUCGCCGGCCAGUAUGGUCAGUGCAAACAGCGCCAACUCAACACCUACCAAUCAUAGUACGGGGACACCUGGUUCGGGCGAUCGCCCAAGCAACAGUACGACGGCCACUGCAGUGGCCUCCGCGUCGCGCGAUUGGACGCCUGACGUCGUGAGGGGUCCCCCGGGACGCACGCCGAUCUAUACGCUGCAGGGGGAUCCCCAUCCUAUCGCGGCUACCACAAAUGUGCCCGUUAACGCCAAGUUCAUCCACACCGCGACCAACACCAUGAUUCAUAUCGCGCAAAUUACGGAAAAUAUGGACAGGGCUCAACAACUUCUUUCCCUGCGCGUUCUCGCGCAGCACUACCCGCGUACGUUUGCUCGCAUGGUCCAAUCGUCUCUCGGGCGCGCAGACGAGACAGAGCCCGACUUUGAAGACGAAGAGGGCGAGUUGUUCUGGCCCGGAUCUCCUGUCACCGGAGAUGGCAUUGGAUGGGUAUGUCUCAUGGGAAAGGCGAUGAUCAUGGAGUUCGGAAAGGAAUAUGAGUACAAGGGCGAGAAAGGCGCAAUCCCCAAGCCCUCGAGCACGAGUGGACCACGGCGGUAG